GACUCUAGAGGGCGCUGUAAAAUUGCACUAUUACUGCUGCUGGUUUGUUUUUACUGUGCUCGUUGGUCAACUCGGGAUUAGAGAGUCGAGGGGAGAUCGCUCAACUCAGUGUCACAGUAUGCAGAGUCUGUCAGUGCAGGCGCUGGCCCUGCGGCAGCUAGGCAGACUGAACUCCCUGCAGCUGCUCACACCGUGCCAUGCCUCUGGUCUCAGCAUGUGGUGCCCGCGAACAUUGCACGCACGUCAGUUGUGGGGUUCAGCCACACCCCAGACACACCGGACAGCUAUGUGGCCGAAAUCAUGGGACACUCGGCAGAGCUGGUUGCUCCAUCAGACCCGGCUCAAGAGCACAAGAAAGAAAGGGAAGCAAAAAGCAAUGCAGCAGGAGGAGGAGGAGGAGGAGGAGGAACAGGAAGAUGCAGAGGCUAGCGAUUAUGAGGAUGAGCUUCCAGAUGACCCAGGCCUGCCAAAAGACUAUAAAGACCAUGAGAAAACUGUCCAAUCUCUACGUUUCGAUCUGGUUUUGAAGACCGGAUUGAACAUUGCACGAAAUGGUGUGGAGGAUGCUUUCUAUAACCUCAAAUUGAGACUGAAUGGUCAGAAACUCACCAAGAAGAGCAAAAUGGUUAAAGUGGGGGAUACACUGGAUCUGAUCCUAAAUGAGGACAAGGAAACGGACACAGUCUUGCUGAAGAGAGUGAUCUUGAAAAAGGUGGUUGGAGAGACAAAAGAUGCAGAAAAGCAGAGAGUCAUUCUAAGAACCUGGAAACACCUACAACUUCCCAGACAGGAUGUGUACAAGCAGUAAAGACUAAUUCUGUGAUAUGUUUGAGAGGUGAAAGAUCAGAAAAUAGGACAAAACUGGUAUUUCCUAUUCCGCUCUCCAACCAUUUGAUUCUGAAACUGCAGAUUGAAGAUUUAAUGACAUAUUUUCUAUGCCCAACAAAAACCGAAGGUCUUUCUCACAUCAACAGUAGGGACUUUCUCACUUCACAGUAGUUCUCAUAACUGUUUCAUACUACUUAAAGGUGUGUUUUUUUUUACUUUACAGGUCACAAAUGGAAAACAAACACAUGCUAUUAUUUAGAGGUGGUUUUGGUUAUAUGCAUUUUUUAUUUUUAUUUAGUAUUUACUAGAUUCAUUAAAUAACAUUGUGGGAUGAAUCUGAUAGUGUUUGGGAUAUCAAUUGUUUUCUGAUACCUUAUUUAGUUUUCAUCAUUGUCUUUAUGGUAGAUUUUCAAUGAGCAGUUUUCAGAAAGGGUACCUACAACUGCACUAAGAUUAACAGACAAAAAAAGGGAAAUACUAAAAUGUUUUUGCAGAGGAGUUAUGCAAAAAAUCUGUCAAAACCCAAACACCUAACUCUUUGUUUUUUCUUCAUUAUAAUGGUCAGUGGUGGAAUAUAUAAAGAACACAAAUUUAUUCUUGAAAAACAUCAAAGAUAAAAUCUUCCCAUAGGUAUUUUUAUGAUUUUCUCUGACUGUAAAAGGUUCCUGUUGACCCUCGCUUGUGUAUCUGAAGUAAAAUAAAAAGGAACAUGAAACGCA